UCGGCUGCGUCAGUAGCGCAGAAUAAGACGGACGUUCAGCACAGGGAGAAGAAGCGUCUCCCGGCAGCAGGAAGUCUGUCGGGGAGAUUAGCCUGGAGGCAAAAAGCGUCUGAAAUGAGGUUUCUGCAGUAGGAGGUGUGUUGCUGUGGGCAAUGGCUUUGAUCGAAGGUGUUGGAGAUGAGGUGACCCUGCUCUUCGGCUCGCUGCUGCUGCUGCUGGUGCUUCUGCUUGCCUGGAUCUCCACCCGAACCUCUGAAACCGUAGAACACCUGUUCAGCUCCUCAACAGGCCCCGCCCCCUCACAGAGCACUGGCUCCGCCCAUCAAGAGACACUCUUCUCCUCCACCAACAGCACUUCAGCAACCUCCUCUCCAUCUCCAUCAUCAUCAUCAGCCACCAGCUCCGUGAGUGAUAGCUCUCUGUCAGAUGCUCCACCCACCUCCACGCAGGAAGAUGGGGAGACGGGGGGAGGUGAUGGCGUGAGGAGCAGAGGGACAGAUGGAGAAGGAGGAGCGCCCCUGUUGGCUCAGCGGAACAUGGUGGUCCGGUUAAAGUUCCUGAAUGACACGGAGAGAACGGCUCAGGUCAAACCCCAGGACACCAUUGGAUACAUCAAACGGACCUACUUCGCGGGGCAGGAGCAGCAGGUCCGGCUCAUCUACCAGGGCCAGCUGCUGCAGGACGACGCUCAGACGCUGGCCUCCCUGAACCUGGUCCAUAACUGCGUCCUACACUGUCACAUUUCCCAGCAUGCUGCGCGGGGGGCGGCGGGGGGCCCGCGGCCCGCGGACCAGGUUCAGGUGGCGCUGAAUGUGGGGAGCCUGAUGGUCCCCUUGCUGGUCCUGAUGCUGUCUGUGCUGUGGUACUGUCAAAUCCAGUACCGGCAGUUCUUCACCGCCCCCGCCACCGCCUCACUGGUCGGCAUCACCAUCUUCCUCAGCCUGGUGGCUUUUGGAGUCUACCGCCGCUAGCUGCUCUCUGAUUGGCUGCUGACCAAGACAGACGCUGAUGAUGAUGUUUUUGUUGCCAUGGAGAUCCCGAGUCUAGAGAAGAACUUUUUUUUAUUUAGUUUUAGAUUGUGUUUCUCAUCAUCGUGCCUCUGUGACCUUCUGAAUUUCUGUGGUCCUAAACUGAGACCUGGUCCAGACCCGAGACCUGGGUCUAGACCUGUUUUCGACUUGAGACCUGAUCCAAACCUGACACACAGUUCAGAUCUGUUUCAGACUCAAGACCUGGUCCAGAUCUGAUUUCUGGCUCAAACCCUUAGAUUGGGUUAAGACUCAAGACCUGGUUGAGACUCCAGAUCUGGUUCAAACCAAGACUUGAUACAGACCAGAGACUUAGUCCAGAUUUGAGACAUGGUUCAGACCUGUUUCAGACCCAAGACCUUGUCCAUACCUGGUUCUAAAGACCAGAAAUUGACAUGUGAGUUUCAGUUUUUGAAGAAAGUCUAUUAAAAAGUUAAUUUAUGCA